AUGGCCCAGCCCACCGGGACCACAACCCCCACAAUGCCCCGCGGGGAGACCCGCCUCCUCCCGCCGUCUCCUCCCGGAAGAGGAGGCGGAGGCGGAGGAUGGGAAGGUCGCCGCGCUUCGCCUCCGUUAAUCUCGGGCGGCCCUGAACGAAGCGAAGGCAAAGCCCGUUCGGAGCUGAAAGCCGCUGCUGGUUCCUUCGGCCCGCGGAGCCUCCGGAGCGGCAGCCGGGCCCAGCUCGCCUGCAGGGGAGGGCGGGGGGGCUGGUCGGAGUUGCCCCCUUCGGCGCAGCUCCCCGGCCAGGGGGCGAGAGGGGCCCCCUCGGCCUCCAAGAGCCCCGGUGGGCGAAGCGAGGCCCGCCCCAGGCGGAGGCCCCGUCGCCGGGGGGAGAAGGUGGUCCGGCCGCUUGCCGUGGAAGCGGGAGCCGGGCGACGAAGGUGGGAUAAACAUCUAAUGCUAGGAAACCAGGAGGAGCCGAAGGGGCCUCGUGCCGGUCCCAUCAGCCGGAGAGAGUCGGCGGGCAGGGAGCAGCAGAGGCGCUUUUCCCGCAGCGGCCCCCUGGAGACGAGCAGGGCCUCAACCCUGUUGGCCUUUCUCGAGGCCCUGGAAACCUGGCUGUGCUCCUGGGCCCGGGAGGCUGAAUGGGUUAAGGGCCCUGGUUGCUGGGAUGCAUAAGAAAACAGUAGCUCAUUGAAGCAUAGCUUGGUUAGG